AUGGUGCUGUCGGUGCCGGUGAUUGCGCUGGGCGCCACGCUGGGCACCGCCACCAGCAUCCUCGCGCUGUGUGGGGUCACCUGCCUGUGCAGGCACUUGCACCCCAAGAAGGGGCUGCUGUCGCGGGACCGGGACCCCGACCCGGAGAAGGCAAGGCCGGGAGUGCUCCGACCAGUCCAACAGUUCAACGUGAAAAAGUCCACGGAGCCCGUCCAGCCCCGAGCCCUCCUCAAGUUCCCAGACAUCUACGGCCCCAGGCCAAAUGUGACCGCUCCAGAGGUCAUCAACUAUGCCGACUACACGCUGAGGACCACAGAGGAGCCAGCUGCACCUGCCAGCCCCCAGGCCCCGCACGACAGCCGUCUCAAGCGGCAGGUCACGGAGGAGCUGUUCAUCCUUCCCCAGAAUGGCGUGGUGGAGGACGUAUGCGUCACCGAGACCUGGAACCCGGAGAAGGCGGCCAGCUGGAACCAGGCCCCCAAACUCCACUAUUGCCUGGACUACGACCGGCAGAAGGCCGAGCUGUUCGUGACGCGCCUGGAAGCAGUGACCAGCGACCACGACGGAGGCUGUGACUGCUACGUCCAGGGCAGUGUGGCCAACAGGACGGGCUCCGUGGAGGCCCAGACGGCCCUGAAGAAGCGGCAGCUGCAUACCACGUGGGAGGAGGGUCUGGCGCUCCCGCUGCUGGAGGAGGAGCUCCCCACAGCCACCCUGACGCUGACGCUCAGGACCUGCGACCGCUUCUCCCGCCACAGCGUGGCCGGGGAGCUCCGCCUGGGCCUGGACGGGGCGUCCGUGCCUCUAGGGGCUGCCCAGUGGGGUGAGCUGAAAACUUCCACCAAGGAGUCGUCUGCAGGGGGCGGAGAGAUUCUUCUGUCCAUCAGCUACCUCCCGGCUGCCAACCGCCUCCUGGUGGUGCUGAUCAAAGCCAAGAACCUGCACUCUCACCAGUCCAAGGAGCUCCUGGGGAAGGAUGUCUCGGUCAAGGUGACUUUGAAGCACCAGGCUCAGAAGCUGAAGAAGAAGCAGACGAAACGGGCCAAGCACAAGAUCAACCCCGUAUGGAACGAGAUGAUCAUGUUCGAGCUGCCGGAUGACCUGCUGCGGGCCUCCAGCGUGGAGCUGGAGGUGCUGGGUCAGGACGAGGAGGGGCAGAGCUGUGCGCUCGGCCACUGCAGCCUGGGCCUGCACGCCUCGGGCUCCGAGCGCAGCCACUGGGAGGAGAUGCUGAAAAACCCGCGCCGGCAGAUCGCCAUGUGGCACCAGCUGCACCUGUAG